AUGGCGUCCGUAUAUAAGACGCUCUCCAAGAGCAUGAAUGGUGGAAAGCCCGAGACCCCGGCCAACGGCGUGCGCAAGAACAAGCAGAAGACCCUUCUUCUUCCUUCCCGCGGGACCACAUUCCGACAUCGUCAUCUAAUCCAGGACAUUGUCAAUCUCCUACCGACCGCGAAGAAAGACGCGAAAUUCGAUUCCAAAAAGAAGCUCUUCUUGCUGAACGAACUCUGCGAACUCUCGAAUUGCAACAACUGCCUGUACUUCGAGGCUCGGAAGAACCAGGACUUGUAUCUAUGGGCUUCUAAGGUUCCCAACGGGCCCACAGUCAAGUUCCAUGUGCUCAACAUUUCAACGAUGGAGGAGUUGAACUUCACGGGCAAUUGCUUGAAGGGCUCGAGACCUAUCCUAUCUUUUGAUUCUGCCUUUGACCAAGAACCGUACCUGCAACUUAUCAAGGAGAUAUUCUUACACGUGUUCGGCGUACCGCCGGGCGCGAGGAAGUCCAAGCCGUUCGUUGAUCACGUCAUGUCCUUCAUGUUCGUUGAUGGGAAGAUAUGGGUACGCAAUUAUGAGAUCAAAGAAACGGAUCCAUCGAAGACGAAGGCUGGCGAGGAUGGCGAUGAGGAGGUCAGCUCGAAAUCUUCCAAGGGCCGCAACAAGGAACUGGACAUGAGCCUGUUGGAAAUAGGGCCACGCUUCGUCAUGAGUCCUAUCAUCAUACAAGAGGGGUCUUUUGGUGGGCCAAUUAUCUACGAGAACAAGAACUUUGUGUCUCCUAACCAGGUCCGAGCUGAUCUGAGGCGGAAAAAGGCCACAAAACACAACACCCGGGUGGACCAGUCCACCGAUCGACUUGCCAAGAAGGGAGAUCUCGGCCUUCGGACAAAUGGUGGUAAGAAGGCACCUGUGGAUGAGCUAGAUUCGAAGAAACUGUUCGCCUGA